CUACAUGAUCUAGGAAUAGGCAUUUCUUAUGACAGAGUUCUUGCGAUAUCUACGUAUCUGGGAAAUGAGGUCUGUCGACGCUACACUGAAGAGGAUGCAGUUUGCCCUUUCAACCUUCGGUUCCAAUUAUUCACGACGUCAGCUGUUGAUAACAUUGAUCACAAUCCGAGUUCAACGACAGCCCGUGACUCUUUCCAUGGAACAGGGAUUUCUCUAUUUCAGCAUCCAAGCGCAGAAAAUCCUGGUACAACUCGAGCUACUAUUGAUAUUUCAAACUCAUCAGCAGCUGUUUCAAAGUCAGUUAAGCCACUUGCGACAUACACAGAUGUUACUCCAGUUCUAGAGUUACCUAGGGAGUAUAAAGUUCCAGCUAUUUCAGCAACAAUAACACCCGAUGAAAGUUUAUCAGCUUACUGCCUUGACAAAGAAAAGCCAUGGCUUCAGCAUUCAAGUCUUUAUUCAAGCGAAGAAAUUCUACAAGAAAGCAAUCUAAUAUCGUGGGGCGCGUACCACUCAUCUGAUGAAGAUCUACAACCCCGUCCAUCGGCUAUCUCAGCAUUGCUUCCCCUUCUUCCAAAUGAGGCAAAGUCUGUAGCGAUGAUUAAACACUCCAUGAACGUUGUGAAACAGUCAAUAAACCACCUGAAUCCUGGACAAAUUCCAGUUAUAGCAUUUGACCAGCCCCUUUUUGCCUUAGCAAAAGAAAUACAAUGGCACUAUCCGGAAACGCAUGGUGAGAAUAACUUUGUCAUCAUGUUCGGGGGUUUGCACAUAGAACAAGCAUUUCUAAAAGUGUUGGGUGAUUGGCUUGAUGGAAGUGGUUGGACCGCUGCACUAGCAGAAGGGAAUGUGGCAAAGGCMGRCACAGCUGAGUCAUUUCUAAAGGCCAGCAAUAUAGUACGAACUCGACGAGCCCACCAGGUGACAGCCAGCUGCCUAUUCAGCUUGCUCCAGAAGGCCCACGUGAAGUAUAAAGAAUGUUUAAACGACCAAGAGCGUCCACUUGAUUUUGACCAGUGGCGUAGACAGCAACAUCUAAAGGUACCACAGUUUCAGUACUGGAACACAGCCCUUGAUCUAGAGCUUCUCCUUUUAACUUUCGUCAAGUCAGUUCGACAAGCAGACUUUAAUCUUUAUGUCAGUGUGCUGUACCAGAUKKUACCAUGGUUUUUUGCAACCAACCAUCCUAAUUAUGCUCGCUGGCUUCCAGUCCAUCUCCGAGAUAUGUGUUCACUUCAGCAGACUGCUCCUGAUGUUGCAGCAGCUUUCCAGGAAGGACUCUUCACCGUAAAUAAAACACCUCGAAAGUUUUCUGCGAUCGCCAUAGAUCACGCACACGAGCAGAACAAUGCGAUUGUUAAGGGAGAUGGUGGAGCUGUUGGCCUGACAGAGRAUCCGGAUGCCCUACGCAGAUGGAUGCUCUCUGGCCCAGAAAUCGCAAGAAUGGUCAAUGAGUUCCAGAACGUCAUGACUACUCACUCAGCUAGCUCGACAAGUUCACUUCAUCACGAGGCAGAAAGAAGCUACCAGGUUGCAUUUUACAAAGACGUGAAAUCUCUUGAAGAGGCCAUUGAGGAAUUUGGCAAUCCAUUCUUAGAAGAAACACAAGAUCUUUUUGUACUUGACACCAAAGUUGUUGCAGACGAGUCCUCAGUUUCCAGGAUGCAAAACAUCGCGUCAACUGGRAAAGAACAGUGCAAACUAUUUAUCUCUGAACGUCUUGUUGAAAGAAAAGUWUCUCUGGAUGAACCAAUCUCGAGAAACAAGCUUGAUUUCUUUUCUACAGUUAAACAAAAGAAAAUGUCCAGAACAGAGAAGAAGUUGUCAUCCAUCAAGAAGGAUUGUUCGCUGUUUUCCAGGUUAUAUAUUGCUUGCCAAACAAGAGACGGUGAUUUAGAUGAGUUUUUUAAAUAUGAAAAUCAAGGCUAUCCACCAUCCUUAGCUGAUCAAGGCAAUCUACGUCUACCAAGCAAGAAAUCCGAGCUGACAGARUGUCUAGAAGUGUUAAUCGAACCAGUGACCAGCACAAUGACAGACAUAGAAGUUGCAAUCAUCGAUGGGGCUGCCAUUGUAAACAUGAUCAAGCCAACUCCAGCACAGCGCACUUUCAAGGAUUAUGCACUUGGAUCUUUCAUCCCGUACGUAGAAGCUCAACUUUCUCGAGUCAGUCGCAUAGAUUUUGUAUGGGACGAUUACAGAGAAACUAGUKUGAAAGCCACAACAAGAWGCAAGCGUGGUACUGGUGUACGACAACGUGUACAAGCGGAUAACAAGCUUCCAAAAAACUGGAAGGAGUUCCUUCGUGUUGAUGUAAAUAAGCAAGAACUGUUCAAAUUUCUCGCUGAAAGUUUAUCAUCGAUGGACACCCAGAGGCAGAUUAUUACCACGUUUKGUCAGCAGGUGAAGUGUACUCUCCCAUGUGACAAUCUUGAAAGCAUCSCUCCCUGUACGCACGAAGAAGCUGACACCAGAAUGUUGCUACAUGCUGCUCAUGCUGUGGACUGUGGGUACAAGAAGGUAAUGCUGCGUACGGUCGACACAGAUGUUGUUGUUCUUGCUGUAUUCACUGUAMAGAUGCUCAAAGAUCGUGAGUGUCAACCGUUUGAGCUCUGGGUUAGUUUUGGCACGGGAAGGAACCACAAGAAUAUACCAGCGCACAUAAUCACCAGCAGUCUUAGUCCUCAACGUGCUCGUUGUCUACCAGCCUUCCAUGCUUUUACAGGGUGCGAUACUGUUUCCAGUUUCCUUGGCAAAGGAAAGAAGACUGCGAUGGUAACUUGGAAUAACUUCCCUGAUGUCACUGACGCCCUUCUUGUCCUGACUAUUCAUCCAUCAGAUAUCAGUCCACAAAUUAUGGCCAUACUGCAACGGUUCGUCAUUCUUCUCUAUGACAGCACAAGCACAAAAAUCACCAUCAAUGAGGCACGGAAGCAGUUGUUUGUUCAGAAAGGCAGGCAAUUUGACAACAUUCCACCAACAGAAUCUGCUUUGAAAGAACAUAUCAAACGCACUGCCUACCAAGCAGGACAUAUUUGGGGCCAAACCUUAACUCCUAGCCCACAACUACCAAGCCCUCAAGACUGGGGAUGGAACUUUGACGAUGGGAUGUGGAAGCCAUUCUGGACAACUCAACCAGAGGUUUUGAAGUCAUGCCAGGAGCUUAUUAGCUGUGGAUGCCAAAAAGGAUGUAGGGGGCGCUGUUCCUGUACAAAAAAUGAUCUGCGUUGUACAGAAUUAUGCCGAUGCCCAGAAGAGUGCGACAGGAGAUGAGAUGUAUGCGACCGCCAAAUGAAACGAGCUCAAACGCAUAACAUGUAUGAAAUCAUUUUGGUCCUUGCAUUUGCACUUUACGUGAUACUAAAAUUGUCGAUUUUGAAAAUAUUGAUUGAAAUAUGUAGAUAUAAGCGCACAAUAGAAAAGAACAAUGAUACUUCCGGUUGCAGACACAUCUACUUCCGGUUUGAAAAGUA